CUUCCGUCGACGCAGGAUUACUCGCGAGCAGCACAUUGACAAUGGCUCCCGCGACUCAGUACGAGCUCUCCCCCCCCCCGGGCGACGCAGUGUCCGCGAUCGCAUUCGCGCCCGUUUCUCCGACCAAGCUCCUUGUCGCGAGCUGGGACAAGAAAGUCUACAGCUACGAUGUGUCCGGCGGCGCAGACGAAAAAAGCCUUUUAAAAACCUACGAGCUUCGAGCGCCGGUCCUGGACGUGUGCUUUGGUGCCGACGAUGAUGAGGCCUUCACUGGCACUGUGGAUUGUGGCGUGAACAGACUCAAUCUUGCAACUGGAGAGACGACGCUAUUGAGCAAGCAUCAGGCGCCUGUAAGAUGCGUCGUCUACAGCAGAGAUCAUGCCAUCCUUGUGUCUGCGUCAUGGGACUGCAGCCUGCAUAUCCACAACCUCAACGACCCCUCCAGCGAGCCCGUGAGGAUUCCCCUGCCUGGGAAGCCGCAUUCUGUGGCCGCCAGCCCGUCCAAGGUGGUUGUCGCCAUGACUGGCCGCAUCAUGAACAUCUACGACCUCAACGCCAUGGCGGACCUCUUCGCCUCGGGAUCCCAGGAUCUCAAGCCAUGGCAGCAGCGGGAGUCAUCUCUACGUUUCCUCACCAGAGCGGUCGCUUGUAUGCCCAACGACGCCGGUUAUGCUACGAGCAGCAUCGAGGGUCGAGUCGCCGUGGAGUGGUUCGAGGAUACGGAUGAGUCACAGGCGCGGAAAUUCGCGUUCAAAUGUCACAGGCAACCCGCGCCUGACGGCGACGGCGACAUCGUCUACCCUGUCAACGCGCUGGCAUUCCACCCCGUUCACGGCACGUUUGCCUCUGGAGGCGGAGACGGCACCGUCGCGCUCUGGGAUGCCGUGGCCAAGCGCAGGUUGAAGCAGUACCAAAAGUUUCCAAAUAGCGUCGCGGCACUUGCGUUCUCGAGCGACGGCAAGUACCUCGCGAUUGGAGUUUGCCCGGGCUUCGAGACAGGGCAAGACGACUAUAGCGGAGAGGGUCAAACGUCGAUUCUGAUACGGGAGCUCGGAGACAACGAGGCUAAGGGCAAGGGAGCCAAAUAAUGCCACCAUGUUUUUCGAAAAUGGCGGGCUCCAUAAAGGCGUUUGGUAGGGUCUGAAACUUAUGUAUUGCGGUCGGUACUUGGCCGCGCGAGAGCAACAGUUGGCUUGUAGAUACCCCAACUAUGUAGUAGACAGCAGUGGCCAUGCAGCCCAGCCAACCUGAUGCGUGAUUGCGCACAUGCGACUUUACGGACUUGGUGUAUUGCUCACCCGAAGAGCCACUCACGAAAUACGUCGUCAUCCUCAUCCUCGGGCCCGAUUUAACGGCCGACACUUCGUACUAAAUGCGAAUGCGGCUCUGCCAAC